AUGCGUCCUUUUACUACCACCGUCGCAGCUUUGCUCAGCGUCGCGACAUGCGCCCACGCCAAGGGUCUAUCCAUUUACGACGACUCAAAUACCUACGUCUACCGGGGAUGCUACAACGAAACCACCGAUCAGGAAGACUCGUCUGGGGUCCGUGCGCUAGACGGUGGAAUCACAGAAGUGAGGGAGGAUGAGAUGACCGUCGAGUUGUGUCUCGAAAUCUGCGGAGAUGGCGGCACAGAAUACCGCUUUGCUGGGCUACAAUGGGCAAGGGAAUGUUGGUGUGCAAGCACGUUGGCUGGUAUUGCCGAGAAGGUCGACGAUGAGGAAUGCGACAUGGCCUGCGAAGGCGACGAGGAGUUUGCGUGCGGCGGCAACCUCAAACUGAGCGUGUACGAGACGGGUGAGACGGGUGAGACGGGCGAGAAUGCCGCGGAAGGAUUGAGGACUGUAGCUAGUCUGGGCCUUGCGAGCGUACUCUUGCUUCACGUCAUCUAG